AUGAGCUCAUCGCCCGACAACGCCGCCGAGCAUACGACGCCCGUCUCCAACCUCACCUACUUGCAUAAGCAGCAGCGCAAGGGCACAAAGGUACAGGAUACACCACAAGCUCGUGGCCGCAACACGUCGAGAAAUGAGUUGGGAAGAAGAAAUAAAGCGGCCGGCAAGGUUACGCGCAUAUACCCUAGAGAGAUAACCAAGUCACCUUCGUCAGCAAAGCGUCUGUCAUCCACGUCUCCGCCUACAAACUACCAUGCCACUACGUCUCCAUUACUAUCGGCGAUCGGUGCCACUCGAAACACGGCCGCACAAUACACCAACGAGUGGGCCAAGUCAGUCCCCUUCUUUCCAAACUCGGGCUCACCGGGUAAUGGUGGCAUCGCUAUAGCCAGCUCUCCGCCUACCUUUCAUAACUCGCCUGGUGCACGAGACGGACUGUACGCACAACAGGCCAUGUCAAACUCACCUCCAGGUGCACGACCCUUGAGCCACCCCAACCAAUACACGAACUUUGGUGGACGCGUACAAAACUCGCCCGGCAGGGAUCGUAGAGCAUCUGUGUACUCUCAGCAAGGUGUUCGUCCACCCUCGCAACAAUUCAUGCCGAACCCGCCCCUGCCGCAUCAACCUCAAGCACACUACUAUGGCUUGCCAAACAUCGACUUUGGCCUCAACAACGGCCAGACCGAUGGCAUCCAGCCAGGAGAGGGAGGCUACUUCUGUGGCUUCGACACUUUGUCCAUGGCGGGAGACGAGGCGGCUCGGUCUACAGAGAACGUGCUGCUUGUUGGGUCACAAGGUGGGCUCGACGUCUUCCGCGUUGAAAAGAGCAAGAUGGAUAUUGUAGGUAGACUAGAAGGCCUUCGGGGCGCUGUUAUAGGCGCCAAGAUCUUGCCUUGGACCUCGCGGCGCGAUCCCUUGGCUGCUUCCCGUCCACUGAUUGCGCUCAUCCUCCACGGUCCGGUCGUCAAAGACAGCAGAAGCUCCAGUGGAAGCGGCGCAUCCUCCGUGGCUGACGAUUCGGCCUCUGAGUCACCCAGCAGGCCGUCUUCACGGCAUGGCAAUCGAGAGGGGCAGAUCAGUGGCUACCAAACAACGGUCGAAAUUUACUCACUCAAGGAGAAGCGGAGAAUGGCUGUCCUGUAUCGAACUCCCCUGAUACCUCUCACGAGUCCUAUCGAUAGCCCCAUGUUUCAACCUCCCCUUCCAAUAGGUGACUUCGUUAUUGAUGCGAAGGGGAAGUUUGUCGUCGUCGCGUCUGGUGCAAGUGGGGAAGUCUUUGUAUUCGCCCCUUACCAAGAAGGUCAUUCCGAGUACUCUGAGCGAUUCCGCUGCAUCGGUAAACUCUGGACUUCUGUUCAAAACCGAGAACGGGCCGUGCAUUCAAGCGGUUCCAGUGCCGUUGACGGCAGCCAUGACGAGAUUCCUCCCGAGAAGUAUGGCUUGCCUGUGUUUUCCCUCUCAGAUCGUUGGCUUGCCGUUACUCCACCAGCUUCAAGUGCGCUCUAUCCUGUCAAUGGUGUAGCUCUGACUUCACCUUACUACGAGCGCGCCCCAGGACUUGCGCACCACAGUGUACCGCCUCAGCCGUCGCCCAACUGCGCUGUCGAUGUACCCAACGAAGCAGGCUUGAUCGAUAGACUUACCAGGGAGGGAACGCAGGUUGCAAUUAAGGGCGCACGCUGGGCCACCGAGAAGGGAAUGCAGGCUUUCAAGAGCUACAUGAACAAAGGCCAGCAAGGAGCCAACGUGCCGUAUGGUCAAGAUCCCAUGCAGCAUUACUUCCCACCGACUCAUGGCCACAAUCAGACCCAGCCAAGACAAGAAGCAUCUGUAAUCUCCGUCUACGACUUGCAAAGACUGGUAGACGCAGAAGAAACGAGGAACAAGAACGCACUUCACCCAGUCGCCACUAUACCCGCGGCUCUCGGCUGCAGCUUCAUGUCGUUCGCUCCCAGCGGUCUUAUGCUUAUGACCGUCAGCAAGAAGGGCGACUACCAAGAUGUCUGGGAUCUGAAGCGCAUGAACUUCCGUCGAGCUCGCAAGACGCUGAGGGAACAACCAACAGGACCUUAUGUACGACAAGUCGCUCGCUUCACCAGAAUGACUGUUGCGAAUGUUAUCGAUGUCAUUUGGUCUGCCCCUCGAGUCGACAAACUGGCAGUCAUUACCGACAAGGGGACGGUACACAUGUUCCCGAUGCCUGCGUCGGCCUUUCAAUGGCCGCCAGCUCGGCGAAUCCGUCCCGCUGCACCCUCAGCUCCGCCAAAGGAUGUUGCAUCGCCCACAGGCCCUGCUAGUGUGAUGAACUCAGCAAUGCAGGCUGUCAAUAGCGCUAAGCCUUGGUUCGAUGCUGUUCGCGCAAAGAACAGCACCGGCGGAACCCGAUUCAGUCUCAGUGGCUUGGGUGUAACCCCUGCCGCUGGCGCAAAGUCCGGAAAAGCCGUCGCUGCCAAUGUAGGCAAAUCCAUCAACAACAUCCGACAUGCGGGCGACAACAAGAUGACACUUCCGUCGUCACCCAGUGGUAUCAAGCCUUAUAGCGUACGUUGGCUUUCCGGUAGAGGCCGUGGCUCGAUCGCACUAGCAUCCGGCGGUGUACUUCAGAUCUGGCGGGUGCAGAUGAGAGCUGCGACAGGCAAGGGCAAAUCAUCACAUACUGCUUCUAUAACCAAGAAGAAGACUGUGGAGUUCGGACUUGCUCCCAUCCCGGAUACCGCACUGCCGCCCUCCAUUACGGAGCAACUGUUCCCGCAACCCGGUGACCCAGAGCCAACACUUGACUACUAUGGUGACUGGCUCCCUCGCGCCUUGCCUUCUCGAAAGCCUACGGUGCCAUCCCUCGCACCACUCAGCUUCUCCGAGAUUGAGACGAACCCUCCUUACCAGCCCUUCUACACUGACAAACGUGUCACACGUUUUGUCUACUCCAGACAAGCACCCGAGGUUCAAGAGAGUAGCAGCGAAUACCAGCCUACGUUACCGGCACUCAUCUCCGAUCUCCACCACGAAGAUAGCUCGUCAUGGCUCUUUGGUGAGAGCGUCGAGGCGACACGUAUCUCCACGCCAAUCACUCAGGCGUAUGACUCUGGAGAGGAUGAUAUCACAGGCGUUGCCGCCAGGAUCGAGAACAAGCUUGUUCUUCGAGACGGGGAAGAGGAGGUAGAGCAGGUCGUCGUUACUACGCGGCGUCGGCGCGUGAAGAAGGAAGGUAUCGACGGCGACGAGGAGGGUUUCUUCGAGGACGAUUGCGAGGUAUUGGAUUUUGCGGAGGACAGGGUGUGA